CUUUAUCAAGGUAUCCGUCACAUUUGUAAUUUACCUUCGAAGAAAAUCAAGUUUAAAAUCAUAUGUAAUAAGGUAAGCAAGAUGGCUUACGUAGUAUUCUUGUUUAGAUAAAAUGUCAAAUGGAAUUGUAAUAUUUGUUGUGUGUAUGCUGUGUUCUUGAAAGUGCACGACAAAGGCUUCUGUCCGCUUCCAGUCGAGUUAAUUAAAGAUCUCUUCUCAACAGUUGAGCUUUGUGUCGCGAAGAAAAUAGUGAUAAAUCGCGGGAAAAACUCUUUGCUCAUCAGUUCGCGCGCAAACGCCGGCCAGCGCGCACGCGCCCAUAGAUAAUAAAAUAAAAUGCGCGGCAAACCAAUCGAAACAUAGCUCGAAUCAAGUGCCUUUAAGUUUUUUAGACAAAUAAUGUGAUAGUAAUUAAUAAGUGAAAAUUAUUCCCUGUGAUACUGUGUACAGACUUUUAUUUACUAGAAAAAGUGCAAUUAAACAACAAUGGCGGACGAGAAGAAAGACUCCGUACCAUUCAUCAAAAAUGGACUACAAGGUACCAUCACGAAGACUCCAAUACCAGAAAAACCUGGGAAGGCUGGUAGGGGCAAAGCUCUGCGGCAGGUGAUGGCAUCGUUCGUUGCCAACCUGGGUACCAUUAAUACUGGCAUGGCCUUUGGGUUCUCCGCCACUUCUCUACCGCAGUUGAAAAGCCCGGACUCCUUUAUACAUAUCACUGAUACCGAGGCCAGUUGGAUAGCCAGUUUAAGUGCAGCCGGUACGCCGAUAGGAUGCAUUCUCAGUGGAUACCUCAUGGACACCAUUGGACGCCGAAGGACACUCAUCAUCACUGAAAUACCGCUCAUAUUCGGAUGGCUUAUGGUUGCUUUUGCGCAAAACGUUCCCAUGUUAUAUAUCGGCAGGUUGAUGAUCGGCUUCGGUUCUGGCAUGGUGGGUGCACCCGCCAGAGUCUACACGUGUGAAGUGUCCCAGCCACAUCUUAGAGGAAUGCUCGGCGCUCUUGCUUCUGUUGGUGUGUCCACUGGAGUUUUGAUACAGUACGUGAUAGGAAGUGUGACAUCAUGGAAUAUACUAGCAGGGAUCAGUGCCACAAUACCUAUCCUCUCGUUCCUGGGAAUGCUACUCCUCCCAGAGACCCCCAACUACCUCCUCCAGCAAAACAAGAGGGAGAGAGCCGAAAGUUCCCUCACCAAAUUGAGAGGCUCCACCUGCAAUCUAGAAGAUGAAAUCCAAAAGAUGAUCGCGUUUAAAGAGAAGAAUCAUGUUGAACCAUUGAAAGGAACUCGUGAAAUAGUGAAAGCCCUGUUGUCUCCGUCCACGUUGAAACCGUUUACGAUCCUGGCGAUCUACUUCUUCGUGUACCAAUGGUGUGGUGUCAACACCAUCACUUUCUAUGCUAUCGACGUCUUUGAAGCAUCAGGUGCGAUGGCGAACAAGAACAUGCUGGCUAUCUCCAUGGGUAUAGUGCGUGUGAUAUUCACUGUCAUCGGGUGCAUACUCUGCAGGAAAUGUGGCAGAAGAAUGCUCACCUUUGUGUCUGCGUUCGGCUGCGGCGUGACAAUGAUCAUCUUGUCAGUAUACAUGUACUUCAUCAAGUUCUGGAAGGACCACGACAUGCCUCCCCAGUACUCCUGGGUGCCAGUCGCUAGCAUCUUCCUCUUUGUCAUCUUCUGCACGCUCGGAUACCUGAUCAUACCCUGGGUUAUGAUUGGUGAAGUUUAUCCUACACAGGUCCGUGGUAUAGUGGGCGGUAUGACGACGUGUGUGGCCCACAUAUCGGUGUUCUCCGUGGUGAAGACGUUCCCCUUCCUCAAGGGCUUGCUGAACGACUACGGAGUUUUCGGCCUGUAUGGAACCAUGUCACUACUCGCAAUCAUAUUCUUCUACUUCUGCCUUCCUGAGACCAAGGGAAAAACUUUACAGGAGAUAGAAGAUUACUUCAGCGGCAGAACAAAGUCCUUGACGAGACGUAACACGCAGUGUGAAGGCGCGUGAUCAAGUGAUAUAAGAGAUUGGAACGUGAUGUGAUGAAG